GAAGUUAUAAAUGGAGACGUUCGUCUGCUGGAUGGACAUUUUAUGUCUCCACUGAAGGAGAUUCUUCCAGGAAUUGUGCCAAAAGAAACAGAAAUUGCAAGAUUUCAGAUGGUAUUACCUAAAGAAUGGAAAAGUCAUUUAAGACCAAUGUGUGUACAGAUGGGAGGAACUGGUGAUCAUGGUUUUGGUAGAAGAAGAGAAUUAAUGGCUAAACCGCUGUUACAAGAAGAAGGCAUCGCGUCUUUAAUACUGGAAAAUCCUUUCUAUGGUACCAGGAGGCCCAAAGCCCAAUUUCGAUCUAGUCUACAUGAAGUAAAUGAUUUGUUUAUAAUGGGAGGAUGUAUAAUACUGGAGUCUCUAGUGUUGUUUAAUUGGCUGGACAGACUAGGAUAUGGACCUCUUGGUGCUUCAGGGAUCUCCAUGGGUGGACAUAUGGCCUCUCUUGGAGUUACGAACUGGCACAAACCUAUUUCCCUUAUUCCCUGUAUGUCAGGCAGUACGGCUGCAGGAGUUUUUACACAUGGAGUUCUAAGUAAAGCCAUCCCCUGGGAUCUAUUAAUAAAACAAUACGGGGCCGAUGAAGCAUAUGAAAGAGAGUUGAAAAAGUUGAUUGUCUCCCCUGAACCAUAUUGGAACACACCUGAUUCUAUGUACAGUGAAGGAAGGAAAUAUUUUCACGAGCUCGAAGACAGCUACGUCAAGAAUGCGAAGGAUAAUGGUGGCAAGUUAGACAUCUUCAAUAUAGAUAAUUACCGUCUGCCAGAGUUAAGGGACCUAGACAAACAAAAUAAAUCAGGGACACAGUCUACUACUUUAAGUGAUUCAAUAGCUACUCAGUCAACACUAAGUCUUAAUAACUCAGCGGAAAACCAGUCAACACACUUGUCAGAAAUUACAAACACAGACCAGCCUGAAUGCGAAAAACCAUUGGAAAACCAGUCUGCUGAUACAGAAAAUUCAUCAAACCAGUCAAGUUCUAAUAUUUUAAGGUGGCUGGAGGGCAUUAGAAAUAAACUACCAGGGUUGCCAGGACUUCCUUCGUGGUUCAAGUCCAGUGCGGCAGAUAAAAUUGUGGAACAGCAGCUCGCUCAGGAUUGCAGGCAUUUUAUGAAGGGAGUGAUGGACGAAUGUACACAUCUGGAUAAUUUUUCUGUUCCAUUAGAUACGGAACUGAUUAUAAUUGUGACAGCAGAGAACGACGAAUAUAUCCCGGUGGAAGGAUACCUGAAGCUCAGUGAAAUAUGGCCAGGAAGUCAAGUACGAACAUUACAACAUGGACAUAUAUCUGGUUUUAUCAUGGGCAGGAAAGAUUUCAGGAAAGCGAUUGCAGAUUCAUUUGAAAUGCAAAUACAAAAAUAUUAUAAAGAUGAAAUCAGACGAGCAUCUUGACUUAAGUCAUGUCAUUAAGUAGCAGCAAAAAACAAAAUAUUUUAUUUUAAUUAAAUGUAUUACCUUGCUAAAUGGUAUCAGAACUUUGGACAAAUGGUUACAUCUAUACAUGGAUUAAUAUGUGACAGGGUACAUUGAACUAUUGUAAAAAAAGAGAAAAUAAUAAUGUCUACCGUAAAUGGAGAAAAUGGUGGACUAUUGAAAAUAUUAACACGAUCUGCUAGAGACAAAAUUGACUUGGCUAUAUCACCAGUAUGGAGACAAGGCUAGUCUGCGAAUUUAUUUGAGCCCCGCAUGACAAAACCAACAUAGUGCGUUUGCGACCAGCAUGGAUCCAGAUCAGCCUGCGCAUCCACGUAGUCUGAUCAGGAUCCAUGCUGUUCGCUAUCAGUUUCUCUACUUGUUAUAGCGUUUGUAAGCAAACAGCAUGGAUCCUGAUCAGACUGCGCUGAUGCGCAGGCUGGUCUGGAUCCACGCUAGUCGCAAACCCAUUAUGUUGGUUUUGUCAUGACGCGGCUCAUUUAUUCAGUGUGACCAGGCUUUCUACACUAUUGGCAGCUCAAUUUUAACAUUAAGAUAGCAAAACCCCCUCAUAUAUAACAUUGGAUAGUUCCAGAUUCAGAUCUGGACAAGUUCAUUAUACAAAUUUAGUGAAUUCAGUUUGUCACUAUCACACAAAGACUAUUGUCCAUGUAAUUGCAUAUGUAGCAGAAGUUAUAGUCACUAUGAAACAAAUCAAUUUUGCUAGUCAUGUUUUUAGAAAUAACAUGUGAGUAACUAUAAUAAUAUUGUGAAAUUUAUGAUGUUUUAAGAAAAAAGUUUGUUCACUUUUGGAGACCAUGAUUACAGGUCAGCCUCAGGCAGCCAGGAAAGCUGGUUAGACUGCCAAGAUACAACCAAAAAUGUGUUAGUGUAAAAUCCAAACUUAACUGAAAAAUUAUUAAGAACACGUCGUAAAUGUAACACAGUUACUCACAGGUUAUAUCUAAUCUAACCAGUGCUUAGCCAGUUUUAAAUCAUUCAGGGACUGUAUUUAAUGGCAAUUGUCAUCUCAUACUGAAGUGUUUUAUAGUCUACUGUUUUACUUGUAGUAUGUUGUGUUAGAUAUGCCACUUUCUCUUUAGUAAGAAUGUACAUCAUGAUAGAAUAAGAGAAAAAUUGCA